UUCUUCUAUACGAGAAAUUGACCGAUUUAUCUGCCUUUUAUACAUUUUUUUACAAUUUCUCCAAAGCAGCAAUGAACUCUGGAAACAAUCAGCAAAACGGUGAAGAAAAGCUAAAAGUCGAACCUGUAAAAGUCAAUACUGAAAAUGCUGCAGAGGAUCAUGUUGACCCUGAUGAUCCCUGUAAAAAACCUAAAGAUACACACGUGAGAGUAGCAAAAAGCAAACCUAUUCGGACAGUCGGUGAAGAUCCUAGAUUUCAACAACAGAACCAGACACUGAGAUGUUAUGUGUCCUACACUGAUUUUUUUCGUUGCCAGAAGAUUCUUGGCGAAGGUCAUGAAGCCUGUGAUUGGUUCAAAGACGUCUACCAAACAUUUUGCCCUCUACGAUGGAUAGAGGAAUGGGACCAGGCAAGAGAAGAAGGACGAAUGCCCUACCAUAAAAGAAACCAAGGCAAAUUCCCUGGUGAUAAAUACGGCUACUAAGAAAUAAUAAUUUUUUAACUUUAUUUUUAUAAAUUUAUCACUCUAUUUCAUUAAACUA